AUGGCAUUUCAGCCCCCAUUUCGAAGCAAUCCAGAGACACACCUUGACACAGCAUUCCCACUUGCGGCCACCUUUUACAGCCCUCACACCUCCCCUCGGUCGCCCUCCUUUGACGCACUGGGAGCAGACUGGUCUCGGCGACUAGAAACACGGCGCGGCAUAGACUUUCACUUGCCGCUACGGGACAUCGUACGGGCCACUGCCCACAUCACGAAAAGGUCACUCCGAAAAGGCUCAUUUGUCUCCGUCCGAGCUUCACGGAGGUGGUCAAGGAGCUCGCCCCCGAACCGGAAGUUGUGCCGCCGUCCGUUGUCCACGGCAUUAACAUCUGGAAAAGCUUCAGGCGCCUCAUUCGCUCCCGACUUUCCGCCCUCAGUGUGGUUGAUGGCUAGAUCCCGUUGUUCAGGCGAUCGCCCCGUUGGUUCUGGAGCUGUCGCCCAUAUCAAUCCUGUGGGACGCUUUGGUGACUUCCGUUCCUUGACCCUACCACGGUGA